AGGAGCUGCCCCAAUGCUAGACACGGAUUCCGCUACUCAGUGGUGUUCGGGAUCCCUUGCUAGUAGCCUCUCAUCGGGAACUGGGCCAUUCAGACAGAUGAUGAGUCACAAAGCCCGAGGGCCUUGGGGGACCCCGCGGGGCGGGGUCCAGGCGGCCCCCACCCCGAGGCAAGGUGACGCCCGUGGUCACUUCACAAGGCAGAAAUUGUUACCUGGGCAAUAAAAGGCACCACAGCGGCGGAGGCCCGGGAGUGGGCACAUGGGGGUGCGGGUGUGCAGGUGCCAAUCGCCAUGGGUUAGGCCCAAGAUCGGAGUCCGGCCGCCCCCCGACAGCAGCCGCCUCCUGCUCCCCGCGCACCCCAGGCGCCACCAUGUCGGGCGACAAACUUCUGAGCGAACUCGGCUAUAAGCUGGGCCGCACGAUAGGCGAGGGCAGUUACUCCAAGGUGAAGGUGGCCACGUCCAAGAAGUACAAGGGCACGGUGGCCAUCAAGGUGGUGGACCGGCGCCGAGCGCCGCCCGACUUCGUCAACAAGUUCCUGCCGCGAGAGCUGUCCAUACUUCGCGGUGUGCGGCACCCGCACAUCGUGCACGUCUUUGAGUUCAUCGAGGUGUGCAACGGGAAGCUGUACAUCGUGAUGGAGGCAGCCGCCACCGACCUGCUGCAGGCUGUGCAGCGCAACGGGCGCAUCCCCGGGGGGCAGGCGCGCGACCUCUUUGCACAGAUCGCCGGCGCCGUGCGCUACCUGCACGACAACCACCUGGUGCACCGCGACCUCAAGUGCGAAAACGUGCUGCUGAGCCCGGACGAACGCCGCGUCAAGCUCACCGACUUUGGCUUUGGGCGCCAGGCACACGGCUACCCCGACCUAAGCACCACCUACUGCGGCUCUGCCGCCUACGCGUCGCCUGAGGUACUCCUGGGCAUCCCCUACGACCCCAAGAAGUACGACGUAUGGAGUCUGGGCGUCGUGCUCUACGUCAUGGUCACCGGGUGCAUGCCCUUCGACGACUCGGACAUCGCGGGCCUGCCCCGGCGACAGAAGCGCGGCGUCCUCUACCCCGACGGCCUCGAGCUGUCCGAGCGCUGCAAGGCCCUGAUCGCCGAGUUGCUGCAGUUCAGCCCGUCGGCCAGGCCCUCAGCGGGUCAGGUAGCGCGCAACGGCUGGCUGCGCUCGGCGGACUCCAGCUAGAAGCCGGGGUUCCCGCCAUUCCCUCGGCCCCGAGCACUGCGCAAGCGCAGCGCACGAGCGACAGGCGAGCUUCAGGAGUACUGCGAAGCCGCGGCGCGCCACCGCGCACGCCCCCUUCCCCCUCCCCCUGUCCCUCGACGGCGGGGGCCCGCAGUCGCCUCUGUCUGGAAUCUAGCUCCUCCUCCACGGUUCCGAGAGUAGGAGGGCGCAUACGCUUCCUCGAUUCCGCGUGAAAAGGCCCCAAGAGGGGGCGGCGCGAGAGGAGAUGGAAGCGUUGCACCUGCGCGGAAUGAGCGAUGGCUGCGCGGCGGGCGAUGGCUUCCCCAGCCAGCCAUGCAAGUCGGUGGGGGACGGCACGCCCCGGACGCCCCCUUAGAACUUGCAAUAAACUCGCUCUUUCUCGCA